AUGAAACUCAUCUCAUCCUCUAAACUUCAAUCAGCUGUGACUCAGCUCCAGCGAACUCUCGGACAAGACAACCAGUCCGCAAAACAGUUUGAGAGAAUCUGGAAUGACUUUGGUCACCCUGCUGCUAUGAUGUCAGAAUGUGAAACAAUGUUGACAAGGAGGUUGCAGACGUUAAGGAACCUUGUGAGCGUGUAUGAGGAAGUGCCCUCUGGUGUUGUACUGAACAAGGUCAAGGCCAUGGUUCACAGUGGUUAUUUAGUUCGGAAGCAAAUACUGGAACUCUCAGGGUUGAUUAAAGAAACAGAAACAUCAACAGAUGGCAUUGAAGGCCUGUUUGAGAAGGUGACGACUUGUCUUGGGUUGUACAAUCUGCAUCUGACCUCGGACACUGACAUGUGCACAUCUGACCCUGUCGCAUCGGACCCCAACACCACUGCUGAGGAGACUCUGCCAGCUGGCUGUGUAGAGUUAUGGCCCUUGUUUGAACACUUGAGUGUGGUGGCUCAUCUCAGUUUGCUACCAGGUGUGCCAGCAGACUCGUCACACCUGUCUCACCUGCAGGAUUAUUGUCUGCAUUACACACCUGACACUUUGUUGCACCUGGAGCUGAUGAAGAAAACACAGGAACGAGAUGCAGGACAAGAUGUUACAUUCUCCAAGAGUGUUCUGGAUAUGCUGUGGAGGUGCACAGCUUCCAGGAACUGUUGCCAAUGGCUACAGUGGAAUAAAAGAAAAGAUGAUCAUGCGGAAACAGAAACAGAACUUUCACUGGGUCCCGGAAUGUUCCAGACUUCGUCCGUGUCCUAUUUUGCAUUCAGUCUGUUGUCUCGUGACUACAGACACCAGAGUGAGGCUGAGUCCCUCCCUGUAGAUGUCCCCCUAAAGCACUUCGACCAUCAGUUGAGAGUGUUAGAGUUGAUCCGGCACCAUGUGUGGAGUCAUGCUUCUGUCUUGAGCAGUCCAGAGAGGAGUAUCAAAAACCAAACAAGUAAAUACUUAUUUAGAAGCUUCAUUCAUCUUUUGGACUCCAUCAAGUCGCUACUGACCCCUGCUGACCGAGGGCAAUAUGCAGCAGUUUUAGAUGACCUUCACUCAUCAGAUAAGCAGACGCCACUGACGUCUGCUGCGAUCAGACAGGCACACAGCUGGCUCCAGUGUGUGUCUGACUCCAUCGACUCGGCAGCUGUUCCUGUCCUCCACAGAAGCUGUGAAAUCCUGCAUGACCUGAGCCAGGAAGACACGGAGGACAGUCUCAGCAACAUCGGGCGGGGUCUGGUGUAUUUGGGGCUGUCACACAUGAUCCUCUUGGCUCCCAGAGGACCUGUUGAUCCUGUAGAGAAGCAGGCAGUCAAGCUGCAACAUAUUCAAGAUGAGUUGAGUGAUGUUGAGGCAGAGCUGGAGGUGGUGGAGCUGCAGCUGCAGCUGUUGACAGGGCGGGGACUGGCUGAGUCCAUUUGUCCCCACCCCCGAGUGCGCUUCCUGCUGCAGAGACAGCAGACGCUUACCCAGAAGGUGACUGACCUGCAGAAGAGGAAGGUGUACAGGCCACAGCAGUCACAGUUCCCUCUGUUGGUACAAGACAUCUCCAGUUUCCUCCAGAGCGUGGGAUCGACCAGUCAUGUGACAGACCUUCUCAGCAAGCUUCUCUCAGCCAAUCAGAUGCUGCAGGAGCAACUCCAAGGUGACAUCACAACAACUAGCUGUGUCCGAGAGGAGAGAGUGUGGCAGACGACACUCCACAGGUUCCUGCAAAGACUGGAGCAGGAAUACCCUUGCUACCGGGAUCUGCUGGAGCCUUUCACACUGGCCACACUACAGGUAUCCCUGGGUAUGAGGAUGAUUGCACAACAGGUGGAUUUGUUGGCUCACAAAGCGAAGUUUGAAAGUGUGAGCACCGCUGAGCAGACAAUUACAUGUCUUAGCAGAUUCCCAGCAAUCAGCCCUCAAACUCCCAGCAUGCUUCAGCUGGCUGAUGUUCUGGUAGCAGACGUCACAUGGCGAGCAGUCGGCAGCUUCACCCAGCUGCAGGACACGGACACAGCUGUUGUACAGGAGAAAGAAAUGUGUGCCAAGUUUCUGAAAGAUGCUCUCUUGUUGGUGAAGACCCACUGCCUGAUGUCGGGUGAACUUGCACCUCAGCUGACCUUCACCUUGUCCCGAUUGUUUGAGCUGUUUGUGAGAGCAUGGCAGGAGCAGGAGGAGGCGAGGCGGAGGAAAGAGGAAGAGGAACAGGCGUUGUUCCGCUACAAGGCUCAGACACAUGGAGACGACCGCAGUGAGGAGCAGAAGGAGGAGGAAGACUUCCGUGCAAGUUUCCCUUCCUAUGAGAAGGUGAGAUGA